CUGCCAAUGCGCCAGGAUAGAGAGAUCUCGGCGCGGGAGGAGAUGACGCAAAAGGGAGAGCUCCCCCCAAAAAAGUGUUUCUCCAGGACGAAGAUGGCGGCAACUUAGCCCAGGGGCCCAAGAUGCCUGUGCCCAUCGGGGGCCCCCAGCCAGGCAGUUCCGCCCCGUGCGCCCGGGGACACCGCGCCCGGCGGCAGCAGCGGCGGCAGCCGCAGCCCAUUGUCACCAGCAGCAGCGGCGGCGGCCCCGGCAGCCUCCUCCUCCUCUUCCUCUUCCUCCUCCUCCUCUUCAGCAUCCUCAGCAGCGCUCCGGGAGCCUUGCAGCAGCGUCUCUCCAGUUAGAGCGGAGGGGGGAGAGAAGAAAGAGGAGACUAAGACAGCGGUGCAGGCAUCUGUGCCGCGGCUCGGGGCUGAGGAAGAGGAGCAGUGGCGGCGGCAGGGAGGAAGAAGAGGCGAGGAGCCCUCCCGGAGCCGUCCGUCGGCAGCGGGGGACGCGGCAUGCGGUUGUCCGGAGGCAGUGGGCUUUUCUCAGGAGGGAGAUGGGGAGCUGCGAUCUGACCAUGCCUGGGUGAGAGGGGCAAAGGACCAGUCGCGCAGCCCUGCCACCACCAACUAUCACCACUACCACCACCACCAUCUCCUCUCCCUCCUCCUCUCUCUGCGUUAUUGCUCUUAUCUUCUCCACGGCACUCCGCGUUGGAUGGACUGGGGCUGCUUCUUGUGGUGAGACCAAGGUAGAGCCACCGGCGAAAACCAACAUUAUCUCAGAGGAAGAAAAAGAAGGAAGAAAGAAAGAAGAGGGAGAAAGAGAGAGGGGGGAGAGUGGAAGAGAGAGAGAGCGAAAGAGCGAGAGAGAGAAGGGAAGGCAGACAAGAAAAUCCCCCCAAUCUUUUAAGUCAAUGCAUAUUGUGGUGACACUGGCAAAGGAGCCCUCACGGUGGAGUCGGCCAGGGCUGUGCGUUCCCAAAAUAUGACCAGGGGUGCUUGGAUGUGUAGUCGGCAGUAUGAUGACGGCUUAAAAAUCUGGUUCGCACCCCGGGAGAACGAGAAACCCUUCACGGAUUCAGAGAGGGCUCAGAAAUGGCGACUGUCCCUGGCAUCGCUCUUGUUUUUCACGGUCCUGCUCUCUGAUCACUUGUGGUUCUGCGCCGAGGCCAAAUUCACGGGGACCGGAGAGAAGGAGCAGCCGCCGCCCGAGAAGCCGGAGCCCGCGGAGCCGGAGCUGCUGGCGGGCAUGGGGGAGCCGGCGCCCCCCGCGCCCCGGCUCCUCGCCCCCCCCUCGCCCUCCCUCCCGCCCUCCCCCGGCAGCAGCAGUGGCGGCAGCCGCGGCAGCCGCAACAACGGCACCGAGCCCCGGCACGGCAAAGCUGCUUUCCUAGGGAACUCCACCACCAGGCCCCUGGAGACGUGUCCCCCCCCGAGGUCCUCGUCCGGGCAGUGCUUCAGCGUGGGGGACGCGGAGGCGGUGUGCCGGCCGCGCAGGGGGUCGGGGCCGCCGCCGGGCGCGGGGCAGAGCCCGGCACCCGGCUGGGACCUGACGGAUUUUUACCUUUCCUUUUGUAAUUCCUACACACUUUGGGAGUUGUUUGCCGGGUUGUCCAAUCCGGACACUUUGAACUGCAGUCUGGAUGUGGUGCUGAGGGGGGAAGGCUCCUGCAGCCAGUGCGUCCAGGCUUACCAGCGCUACGACCAGCACGCUCAGGAGAAAUAUGAAGAGUUUGAGGUUAUGCUCCAGAAAUAUUUACAGUCGGAUGAGUACUCGGUGAAAUCGUGUCCUGAGGAUUGUAAGAUUGUCUACAAAGCCUGGCUGUGUUCCCAGUAUUUUGAAGUCACACAGUUUCACUGCAACAACAGAAUUCCUUGCAAGCAAUACUGUUUGGAGGUUCAAACGAGGUGUCCCUUUAUAUUACCAGACAACGAUGAUGUCAUCUAUGGAGGACUAUCAAGUUUCAUCUGUACAGGGCUCUAUGAAAACUAUCCAACCAAUGCAGAACCAGAAUGCUGUGAUGUCAGAUGGGGACUAUUAUCAGAUCAUCAAUCCAAAGGGACUAUAAAAACAAGUGGCUCAACAAUGUGUCACAGGACAUCGCUCACAGUUUCAUCAGCAUCAAGACUGUGUAACAGCAGACUUAAACUGUGUGUUCUUGUAUUAAUUCUCUUACAUACAGUACUUACAGUCUCAGCAGCACAGAACUCAACAGGACUGGGCUUUGGAGGCAUAACAACUUUGGAAGAUAAUUCAACCAAUGAGGAAUAAAAGAAAGGAUUCAUUUUACAUGAUAGAAACACAACAGGCCCAAAUGACUACAGUCAAAAACAGCAAAGACUGAGUGCUUUACCCUCAGAUCUCUUCUUGAAUGACCUUUUGGAUAAAAUGAAAAGGAUGGGCCACUACCCAAACAAGGACACAUGAACACAGCUUUUUAUUGACUAAAAGGCUGUUUGGUGACUUAAAUUUCUCACACCAUUUUAUACACUGUGUUUUAAUGUUUGGAGUUUCUUUUUUUGUUUGUUUUUUUGCACUUGUUAAUACAGGAUUUUAUUUUUGGGACGGUUUAUCAAAGCUAAAUUAAGUCUUUUCUCUGUCAAUAUCUUUCUAGUCAUUGUGUGUGUUCAUCUGAUAGUUCUGUCUUUUAUGUCCUGUCAGUUUCUAUUAGAGGAAUGACUGCUAUGAUUCGGUGACAUAGCAGAAAAAAAAAAAAAAAAAAGGAAAGAAAAAAAAGAAAAAAAGAAAAAAAAAAAAGAAAAAAUCAACAAAAAAACCCACAAAAAAAGCCUCAACAAAAAAAACCACAAAAAGAACAAAACAAAUUUAACCAAAAAAUAGAAAAUAAAUAAAAAAUAAAAAAGGCAACCACAAAAAAAACCCAAAUAAACCUUACUGUCCUCUUACCCAUGGGAACCAUUCAUCUCCUUUCCCUUUCCCAUCUCCUGUCACAGACAACACACAUUUGCUUCUGUCUGUGUAAUCACAAUGAAUGGGUACACAAUUCUAGUGUGCCUCUGCCACUGUUGCACAAAACAGUUGACUGAGCAAACCCAAAAGGAGCAUGAAGGUGGUUCCUUUUAGCUGAACAAACAAGUGCUCUCCUUAAAAGGUGGGAUCGGACAGUUAAAAAACGUAAAGAAAUAUAUAACAAACUGUUGCUCCAAUACCCGUUUGAAGAAGUCCAGUCCUUUCUCACUGGUCAGUUGAACAGGAGCAGCCUUUAAUAGAUAUGCUACGUAAAACCAGUUAUGCUCAGCAAGUUGAGUAGUUGGGAAACCUUCAUAUUGGAGGUGAAGGAUUGACAUUCAUUGUGAAUCAUGUUUUGAGUUCUCCUGCUGUCACAUAACCAGCAGCUUUCCAUAUGGAACGGGAGCUAAGAACUUCCAAAAUCCAACUCUUUUUUGUCUCAACAAAACUACACUAGAAGUCUUUGAGCAUCUGCAAUACAAAGUAUCUCUUUGGUUUUGAUUCCAUUGUUUUUCUAAUAUCUACAUGUUAUUGAAAGUUACUCUAGUUUAUUAAGGAUGCACAAGAAUGUGUUAGCACAGAUAAAGAAACUAUUUUUUUUUAAUAUAUAGGACAACCAUUUUCAUAAAUGUGCAAUAAAACCAGUAAAGAUAUACUAGGAUACGAGUAGUCAAGAGAAAAGAUUGUAAUAUGAUUGCUGAUUUUUCAUUUUUUGGGGUGGUUUUUAAUUUGUUUACCUUUAUUUUUGUGGGAACAUUUCACCUGCUGAGUGUAUGAGAAUUUGCUUUCUUAAAAGGCUUUUUAGAGUUUACAGUAGAAUCAAUGGAAGGAAAAGUUAAUAAGGGCUGUUUUUAAAAACUUUACAUUCCUUCCUAUUCUCUAACUACACUUGGGAAGUGCACUUUAGAGAUAUUUGCUGUGUAGCUGGGAAAUGAAGGAAACCUAUAGAAAAUGUUCUCUUAGGAAAUAAAAUAUAGUUACCUACUUUCUAGCUAUGAAAUACCCCUUCAUAAAUAUUAAUGUUGUAAGAACAUUUAAUCACUGGUGCAUAAUGCAUUUUUGUAUACACUUUAUGGUCUGCUAAAUUCUGGAGAAAAACAAGAAGAUAACCAUGCUGCUUAAGCGGUUCAAGAUGCACAUGUUAAGCUGCGAAAGCUCAAAUACUUUGCAAGAGCAUUUGUUUUGAUAGUCUUUUGCUACAACCCGGACUGAGGAGCCUAAAAUGAUCUGUGCAAAUAUGACAACAACAAAAAGCACCAGCUAAUGCAAAACUCUUCAGCACUGGUUUGUUUCUAUAAUUCUUCCCUUCCCUUUCUUGCACAUGCUAUAUUUUGUUCAAUAAAACAUGGUGCUUUUUAUUUAUUUUCUUUUCUUUUAGAGGCACAUGUAUUCAUUGUAGUGAACUGAUGAAAAACUGGGGAAAAAUGUAGAAAUGCAAAAGAAAAAGCCUUAACUAAUGGUAGAAUGUAGACUUUUGAAAGGACAGAGAUGUUACUGAAAAGUGAUGGAGCAAUAACUGGGCAGUGCUCUGGUACUGUACUACAGCUGAUGAGUCACACUACUGAGAAAGCUCUUACUAGGUGAGCUCUUGUUCAACUGACCUCUUAAUUCUAGUAAGUGUACAUGGUCAGUAAACAGUUUGUUAUAACCUUUAUCUACCUCUGCUGUGCAAAGGCCAUCCAACAUACAUUUCUGUGAUGUUCCUCAUGGUUUUUUUUGUUCACACCAUUACUCACUGUCAUCUAUUUUUACACUGUACCAAUACAGUAGCAAGUCUGGUUCAUCCCGAUUGAAUUGGCACAUGAAGAAAAGUUAUUAUUUCUCUUUUGCCUGAGUUAAUGUAGAGAUCUAUCUUUAAGAUAUUUUAUUUCUUCUCUCAUGCUCUUCUUCAUCUUUCAUCCCUUAUUUUUCUAUAAAAUGGUUUUCAAGUGGUGUCAGUGAAAAAUACGACUCCUCCACUGCUUGGUUACACUCUGUCAUGUGUCAUACAAUAUGAGAGAGACAGGAGGAAAAACAGUGACAAUGAUGUCACAUGCAUAAAUUAGCCUAAUUAAACUUGGGGAAAAUGAAGUAGAAAACAACUACAGACUUUCAAUUAUUACUCAAGUACAACAUGUAAUAAAUUUGUCCCACUCUUCCCACCUGGAGUUAGUGCCUGCAGUUCAAUGGUCUGUGAAUUUUCUGUCAUCUUUUUGAGGUCUACUUCUUUAAUUUCUGAAACAAAGAGUCAUGUUGCAGGGGUAACUACUGCUGGGGUAUCUGUUGCUAUUUUCACCCUAGCAGUGUGGUAAGCAGCUUCUCUUGGUGGCACCUGGGGACAUCAGGAGUAGACAAAGACUCUUCUAUGAAGUUAAGCAACAUGUAAUCAUGUAUGAUGCAAAAUUCCAUUCCAUCCAUUCUUCAUUCGUAAUAGUUUUCCUGGCACAAACUUAAGCAUGCUUGAUAUUGUGCACAUAUUACUUUUUUCCAGAAUAAAUUUGCAUCUUGCCACUGCUAUAACUGCCAUCUUGUUCCAUUUCUCCUUGUACUGUAUGCCUAAUACAUACAUGAUAAAGAGCUGGCUUAACAAAGAAGUAAUACUAAAAUAUUUCUGCAAAUGACUGAUGAGAAGAAAAAGAAAAAAUAAUAUUUAUUUUAUGAUCAUAUGGAAGAAAGAUAUUUCCCAUGUCUUUUAUCAUCUUUUUUUCUGCAAUAGGGAAAAUCCAGAUUUUGUACAAUAUGUUAAUACUGCUAAGCCAAAUGUCAUAUAACAUAACCAGAGCUAUAUGUUAUUCUUUAUUGCAUUUGCAUUCGGUAAUACAGUAUAUUAAUGCUUUUCUUUCAUUAAAGAGACAGUAUCUUUUUUCUUUUUUUUUUUAAUUUAUUUUAAUAUAGCAGGUGAAGGCUGUCCUUCUGCACACCAUAAUUCAAAGACAAAAACCAACAAAAUUCUAGAAUGAAGUUUUAGCUCUAUAAAUGAUGAAACCAAGUCAUCAGCUGCCAAAGAAUUUGUGGAACAAUAGUUACAAACCAAACAAAGAAAUUUCUUCUUGAGAGUUUAAUGCUAUUCUACAUGAUUAAAGAAGAAAGAAUGAGAGCUGUAUUUCAAACAGCAGAGAUGGCAGGUUUCAUUCGGUACAUACUGUGGCUCUCAGUUUAUGUAGUUAUAUUCUUCUAUUAAAAAGUGAGGGACAAGGACAUUGUCUUUUGCUCUCUCUGUAUUUGUUAUGAUAAUGAAUGCCCUUUUGGUAAGCAUUGCCUCUCUGCACAGAAGAUACAUGCUUAUGUGAGAGCUGAAGACAGCUUAUGUACAUGCACACAAAUUUACACGGUGAAAUCUGUAUUAGAUGACUAUCCAAAGCACAAGCAAAACUCAUUUGCAGAAUAGAGCUAGCUUUAAGGAAAGUGAAAAAAAAUUUGUGUUAGGAAAUUUCAAGAUACAUGUAAAGAAUCAACUAAAUAAGGAAUCUGUGAAGGUGCCUGAUCCUUACUGCAGCUUUCACUGUAUAUCCUGUCAGUGAUAAGACCAGCGCAGAUAGGCUUCAAGCUGGGCUCAGAGUCCUGGUGACUUCAGUGGGCCUUGAUACAGGCAAAGGCACUCUCCUACAAAAAAUUCAUGGUAGCACAUAGGUCUCCAUUUUUUGUCCCAUAAUCUUUACUCAGGAAUUGCUCAUGGACAUAGUGCAUAAACAGAGGAUCACUGGGUUCAGUGAUCUGAGUCUUAAUAAGAGACUGGCAAAAGCAUAUUACUGCUUAAUGGUUCUGGUUUUUUUAUUAUUGCCUACUCAUAUUAAUUUGGCGGAGUGGUUUCAAAAUUGAACUAGGAGCACAGAGGACUAACUACCAGAAACUUUGUCAUUGUGGAGAUGAAAUUAAAUAGCCUUUCUGGGGUAAAAAGAGGGUUUGUCAUCUGUUAGCAGCUGUCAGGAAACAGUAAUAUUUUAGAAAAGCUUGGGAAAAUACUAUGUCCAGUUCUGAAUAUGAUAGUUCUCAGUAAAGCUAGAUUUUUGGAUGGGAGUUAGGACCGGAGCACAUAUCAUCUCAACUGAGGGAUUUAAUUUGUCGGUAUCUUCUACAGCAACUCUGAGCAAGUACGUUUACUGAAGACCUUUAGGUGUCCAGUAUUUUCCAACAUUUUUUCACACAUUAACAAGCUUGAUCUUUCCCUGAAGGGAGAAGAAAGAAGAAAGAUUUACUGUGAGUGAUUUUUGGGGAAAAAUGUUUUGGCCAACUUGGAAAACCCAUCUGAGAAACCAGCUAUAAUUCUUCAAAAUACAACAGGGAUGAAAAAAAAAAAGGCAUGUGUAGGUUUAUAUCUAUAUAGAAAUAGUACUAUUUUAAAAGAGAGAGACAUAAAUGCAUAUUCUCUACAAUUCUUAAAAUACAGUGUACUGUAGGGAAAAAAUGCCAAAGGAGAAAAUAAAUAGGGCAAAAUUACUGUAUUUGUAUUACUUACUAUGGAGUGUAAAUUUCCAAGCAGAAUUUCAGCAGUAGAAAUAGAUAUUAUAAAAAAGUAAACAAUUUGGGAGAAAGGGGCAUAUUUUGUUAUUCUUUCCACCAUACUGUCUCCUAUGAUUUUAAUUAUUAGUCUUCUGAACUUUUACUUGAAAUCGUUGAUUUAUGCAGGAAGAUCCCAACACAGACCUCAUCCCAACAGUUCCAGCGGGUGUCAGUGGUACAGGAGGUCUCCGUCAUGGGUCCUAGGGGAGAGCCUAUUUUCAAAGUGCUGACUCUGCUUCAGCACUUCAGUCCAAUCUCUAGGCUUCUCAUUCUCCUAACACCGUGUCUGUCUCUUGGACACACAUGAAGUGACUCAGUUUCUUCUUCAGAGGGGCAUGUGUUUGCCCUGUUUACACCUUCAGUCUCAGUCAGGCUCCAUUACAAAGAUCAGAGGAAACACGAGUGUGCUUUAGAUGCGACAUGUGCAGUGGACACCCCAAACAGCUGAAACAGAAUUAACAUGUUUUGGAACCAACCCUCUCAGGAAGAGUGAAGAUUUUGCCAGCUGUGUAUGCGUCUAAACCCUUUUGCUAUUCUCACACUGAGAACUAUCUCAGCAGAAGGGGUAAGAGGUUUAUCAAUGAGUCUUCGUGAAAUCUCUUUACAGACCUUCUGACACUACCGCUCCCAGCUGCCCUCCUCUGUGAUUUUGCCAGGAUUUAUUAUUCAGGGUAGGAUAAGCAGAAAAGAAGAUGUGAUGUUCUACUCCAGUAGAAACUGAAGGACAUCUGAGUGAAGACUAGAUUGCCAGCUAGGACAUCGUUAACACAAACAUACAAAUCUUUCCAUCAAGUCUUUGGCAGUGAGGGAAAUUGAAGAAAGAAGAAGAGUACUUUCCAUUAAAGGGAUAAACAGGCAGCAGAGGGAUAUAUCUUCACAGACUACUAAAGAAUGUGUCUUUAGUUAGGACAACACUGAGCAUUGCAGCACCAAACUUUUAUGUAUCUUAUAAGUGGUGAAUACACAGCUCUGAAUUAAGCUGGAUGAAGCAUGAUCAUGAUAGGAAACAGUGAUACAAACCAAGAAUCUACUGAGGAAUGUACCACCUAAGCCAAUGUUAUACACUGAGUGGGAUAGUCUUAUUUUAGUCCUUCUAUCUUGGGGUCAUUCUCUAAGCAUCCAGUAAGUUCCUAUGUCUACCUAGGAUUCAUGUUUCUAAAGGCUUUUUAUUAGACUGAGGCUCCUCCACCAGCUUUUUUGCAUAAAUUGCAGGUGUAGGAUGAAGUGGCAACAUGAUACCAGCUAAAAUGCAGUGAAAGAGUUUCCUUUAAAUGCACAGCAGUCCUCUCUAUUAACCGUCUACUCUUAUCGAAUGUGAAGGAAAAACUAUUUUUAUUAGUUUCUUUUAUGGUGUUGCUCCAGUAGACAGAAAUAAAUGAACUAAUAAUUGGUCUAGUAAAAAUAUACAAGGUCUGGUUACUACACACAUACAAGAGACAGACGCUCUUUUCCUCCUCCGAGGAAUGUCAAUAAAUUAUAUAUCAAGCAGUCAAUAACCUGGUAGCAUUACCUAAUUUUGACAGCCUUUAUUGUAAUUUCCAAAGGGAAUACAAGAUUUCAAUCAAGUGUGCUCAGUUCUAGUUAUUUCAUCUGAUGAUGAAGAGCACCUGGCACUUUACAAGACCAAGUUUCUGUGUAGUAGUGGUACUUGACAAUCAUCAGCUACUAAUUGGUUUUCUAGGAAAACUCUGAAAAGAAAGCAGAGCAGCUACAUCAGUUGAAAGAUAUCAGGCCUGUGACCAAUGAGAAAAAUAGUCACUAUUUUUUGUUGGUUUUGGAGAAGAUCAGUAAAAACAAAGGCAGAAUAAAAAAAAUUGUCUGCCUUUCUCCCAUUCCUUCCCUCCGUCCACCUUUCCCUUUCUGUAACAGAAUCACCAGUCUGAAAUAGAACAUAUUUUUGGCUUAGUAGCUCUCUGGUAAUUAAAUACAUUUGACGAAAUGUAGAGUUUUCCUAUUUCCUAUUUCCUACACUUGCAGGAUAAAAAACCAAAACAAACCAAAUAAUUUUUAAAAACCCCAAAACAACUAAUAAAGCAAAAGUAUUUAUUUUUUCAUCCACAGA